AGACGCGGUAAACGCCCCCGGAGAAAACACGGCUGAGUCAUCCUGCUAGCGUCUCCAGCUGUGCAAAAUCAGGCCGCAAAAGCGGCGUUUUGCCCCUCAUCGUCGGUCUCCAUCCAGACGCUCGAUCUCUGCAAUAUCCCCCGGGAGAUCCUUUCCGCUCACUCGCGUUCCGUCUCGCUGUUGCUUGUGUCUGUCUUUUCAUUCGGCUACUCAAGAUGGCUGACCAGACCCCGGACUCCUGGGAGGAUGAGCUCUCCAAGCAGACGGAGGGCGUUAGCCUGAACAACGCACAAUCGCGGCCACAGCCUCAAGCGCCGACGUUUCGCCCUGGAGCAGCAUCUUUCCAACCUGGAGCUGCUUCCUUCACUCCUGGACAGCAGUACUACGGCGGCUAUCCACAGUACGGGCAACAGGCCUACGGCGGUUAUCCCAACUACGAUCAACAGCAGGCUUAUGGCCAGUAUGGUGCGUAUGCCCAGCAGCCCGGAGGCUAUAACCAGGGAUACAACUAUGGUGGUUACAAUGCCGGAUAUCAGCAGCAGCAGCAGCCUGCUCAGCUGGCCCGUCAGGCUGCGCCCGCUGCCGCCCCUGCGGCACAACCGACCCCGGCUACCGCGAAGCCCGCUGUGAACACGACGUCCGCUGCCCCUCCGAAGGCGAAAGUGCUAUCCAUUGGUGGUGAUGCGGCAUCUGCUCCCAAGACUAAGGUUCUGUCGAUUGGCGGUGAUGCGGCUUCUGCCCCGAAGACCAAGGUCCUCUCCAUCGGGACUUCCCCCGCGACGAACAACACCUCUCCAGGAGAUACAAAGGGCACUGCUGCCGCUGAAGCUGGUUCCAAGGUAACUGCAGCAAAGGCUAUCGAGAAGACGGAGAAGAAGGCGGACCAGAAGGCAGCGGCAAGCGGCAAGACCUCUCCUGUUCCCUCCUCCGGCCGAUCAAGCCCUGGCCGUUCCAGUCCUUCUCGAAGCGAGCUCACUCGUGCGGCCCGCGCCGCUGAUGCUGUUGCCAGGGAACAGCAGGCUGAUGUCGAUGAGGAAACCUUGAAGGAAAUCUAUGGUGAGAAGAGAGAGCAUGUCAACCUCGUUUUCAUUGGACACGUCGAUGCUGGAAAGUCGACCUUGGGCGGUUCCAUCCUGUACACUACCGGAAUGGUUGACGAGCGAACAUUGGAAAAGUACAGGAGGGAUGCCAAGGAAGCCGGACGUGAGACCUGGUAUCUGUCCUGGGCUCUGGAUCUCACCAACGAAGAACGUGCGAAGGGAAAGACCGUGGAAGUUGGCCGUGCCUUCUUCAAGCUCACCGUGGACUCUCCAGACGGCCCUAUUACUCGUGAAUUCACUAUUCUGGAUGCUCCCGGACACAAGUCGUAUGUGCCAAACAUGAUUGGUGGUGCGUCGCAGGCUGAUGUUGGUGUCCUGGUCAUCUCUGCCCGUAAGGGUGAGUACGAGACUGGUUUCGAGCGUGGAGGUCAGACUCGUGAGCACGCAUUGCUGGCGCGCAACACUGGUGUGAAGAAGAUCAUCGUUGUCGUCAACAAGAUGGAUGACGCCACUGUCGAAUGGAGCAAGGCUCGGUAUGAUGAAUGUACGACCAAGGUUAGAAAGUUCCUGGAGGCACUUGGAUACACCAAGGAUGACCUCUUCUUCAUGCCCAUUUCUGCCCAGACGACUCUGGGUAUUAAGGACCGUGUGCCUAAGGAUCUUGUGCCGUGGUAUGACGGCCCGUCUCUGCUGGAGUUCCUGGGUCAAAUGAAGAUGCCCGAGCGUAAGAUCAAUGCGCCUUUCAUGAUGCCAGUCAGCGCCAAAUACCGAGACAUGGGAACCAUGAUUGAGGGUCGCAUUGAGUCCGGUGUCAUUAAGAAGACUGGUACUUACCUGAUGAUGCCAAACCGCGAUGAGGUGCAGAUUGCUGCCCUCUAUGGAGAGACUGAAGACGAGAUCCAGACCGCCACAUGCGGUGACCAGAUCCGAGCCCGUCUGCGAGGUUUGGAGGAGGAGGAUAUCCUGCCUGGUUUCGUGCUGUGCUCUCCCAAGCGCCCUGUCCACUGUGUACGUGCCUUCGAAGCCAAGAUCAGGAUUCUUGAGCUCAAGAGCAUUCUAUCGGCCGGUUUCAACUGCGUUCUGCAUGUGCACUCCGCCAUCGAAGAGGUUACCUUCGCAGCCUUGCUGCACAAGCUCGAACCUGGCACUGGACGCAAGAGUAAGCGCCCGCCGCCAUUCGCCAGCAAGGGCCAGACCAUCAUUGCUCGUCUGGAAGUGACGGGUGCAGCUGGCGCUGUCUGUGUGGAGCGAUUCGAGGACUACCAGCAGCUGGGUCGGUUCACCCUCCGUGACCAGGUAUGAAGACUAUUACUCCCCUCUUAAUUGCUAUGUUCAAUUUGGCUGACGCGAUAUAACAGGGACAAACAAUCGCUAUUGG